AUGGAGACUGUGUUCCCUCGUCUGUACCUCUACUGCAAACAGAGGGGCUAUGACUUCAGGAUGGUGGACCUGCGCUGGGGCGUGGGAGACCCUGUGUCGGAUAGACACGACACGGCAGAGCUGCACGUGGAGGCCCUCGCACAGUGUCAGGAAACACUGGGGCCAAACUUCAUAUUAUUCCUUGGUCAGAAGUACGAGGUCCAGACCCUGCCCAGCACUAUCUCCAGAGAGGUGUUUGAGGCCAUCGUGAACGUGGUGGAGAGAGACAGACAGAAGAUGUCCAAGAAAAAACACCCCAAGAUGGACGACGUCAUCAGUGAUUCCAAGUCUAAUAUCGCCACAGGAAGUGACACGGGCAGCUUUGUUCCAGAACACAACAACAACAACAAUCAUGAUUCAGGAGAUCUAGCUCCGAAUUCUGGGUCAAUGAGCGAUGAGAUUUCCGUAUCCCGUAAUUCCCUCUCUGAUGCAGAUGAGACGCGGAUAAGUCCUGCAGCGACGAGGUGUUGGGCAGACUUCGACCGGGAUCUGAUCCUACUCCAGACGUGGUACAGACUAGAUGAGAACUGUGAUCCUUCUGUGUACCGUCUACUCCCUGUGAGCACCCAACAGCCUGACUUCCUGAGUAGAGAUGGCCAGCGCAGGAGGCAGGCGAGGAAGGCGUGGCAAACUACAUGCUUGCACCUGUGGGGGGUGCUACAGAGGAGUGGGACAGAGGCUCUGGGGGAGGAGGGGACAUCGCACCUCCUCAGGACAGUUCUAGACUGGGAGGUAGAGCAGGGCCUCCAGUCACUCAGAGCCAAGGCCCCUCCAGAGGAACACUGCCACUGCUAUAAGAGGGUCAUUCCUGACCUCCACUACAGCCUGAGGAACGAACACGCUGCCCACUACAUCGACUUGCUGGAAGGUCGACCGCAGGUCAACCACACUCUGAAUGCAGCACACCAGGGCUUCAUGGAUCGCGUUCACAAAAAGUUGCGCCACACCAACAUCUAUGAGCGUAACGUGGACUGGGGAAGGAAGGGCCUGAACCCCAAACAUAACCGAUCCCAACAGUUCUACACAGAACACAUCUCCUCUCACUUCCAGAGGACUGUCAUCAACUCUCUGAACAAAGUCAUGAAGGGGAACAAAGCCAAAGGCUCCUUUGACAUCAGACGGAGAGAAGCAUCUAGAAUGAGGAUACAGGAGGAGAUCCAUCGCCAUGUUAACCACGGACACACUCUGGAACAUCACCAUGUGUUGAGAGAUGGCUUCCUGGGUGAGAUGAGGAGGGCCGUGGAGGAAGGGUCUUCUCUCAGACCUAUCCUCCUACUGGCUCCCCCUGGCUGGGGCAAGAGCACCACCAUGGCCAGACUGGCACACCUCGCCCCCUCCUGGAUUACUGGAGCGGUGAAGGUGCUGGUGUGUUUCGUGGGCCUGACGGGGGAGAGCAGGAAUGUGCGUCUGGUUCUCCAGAACCUGUGUGUUCAGCUGGCUGAGACCUACAGCCAUCGCACAGAACUCUCUGAGGUGAGGGCAGACAGCCCCGUAAUCCUUGUGCUGGACGGGAUAGAUGCUCUCUCCGAGGAGCACGGAGCAGACCUCUCCUGGCUGUCUACACCUCUCCCUCCACACGUCCACCUCAUCCUGUCUGCCACCACAGACUCUGCCUGCGCCCACACCCUGCAGAUGUCAGCCCAGCCCACCGUCCUGUCCCUACCACCCCUCAGUCCUGAUGACAUCACUAAGGCUCUAAAACAUUUCCCUUCCCUAUCCAGAAGUCAGCCCAGCCCACUGUCCUGUCCCUACCACCCCUCAGUCCUGAUGACAUCACUAAGGCUCUAA